UCUCUGGCAAAUGGCCGCUCGUCUGCUGGUUCCUCUGUUGUUGAUAUUUCAUCAAUUUACACAAUUUUUUUACAAAAUUACCAUCCACCUCUAAGAGGAAAAAUAGGUUAACAAAUAAAUAACCUACAACUUCUCGACGACCGCCAAAACAAAUGCCCACUUCCGGUUGUUCGACAGCGGGAAGUUUGAAAUUCAAGGAUGAGCACUUUCGGCGGGAAAAUUCAAGAAUACCCCGAAAUCAGCGUCGACAGAUUCGACAAGGAAAAUGUACACUCUACAGCUUAUUUCUUGUCUCAUUGCCACACCGAUCAUAUGGUAGGGUUGAGUAAUUUUCAUUUUCAAGAACAAAUGGUAGAAAAAUUCAAAUACUUGUAUGCAUCACAAAUAACUUGUGUGAUUAUUAGCAAAAUGUAUCCUUAUAUCAAAAGGAACCUCAAAGAGCUUUCUUUAUAUAGCCCCACCACUAUUCAUCUCAAGAAAUGUGCUUUCUCUGUAACUCCAAUUCCUGCAGGGCACUGUCCUGGGUCAGUUAUGUUUCUUUUUGAAGGAGAAAAGUGUGUUUUGUACACAGGAGAUUACAGAAUCAAUAAGAAUGAUAUACCAAAAUUCAAGCCUUUUUAUGAUACCUUUGGUAGAAAAAAGGCUAUCCAUAAGAUGUAUUUGGAUACAACAUUUUUCUCUAGAAAAUAUCCAUAUUUUCCAAGACGAGAUGAAAGUCUAAGAGAAUUAUGCAAAAUUAUUAAAGAGUGGACACAAAGUGGGAAGCAGUUCAUCAUAAAGCUCAAUACCAGUGCAAAAUAUGGUUAUGAGUACCUUUUCAAUGAAAUUUGGAAACAAACAAAUAUGUCUAUUCAUGUAAGUGAAGAUGUAUACAAUUUUUACAUGCUUGUACCUGAAAUGGACAAAUCUGUUACUCUAGAUGGCUCUACAACACAGAUACAUUGCAAAUGUAACUAUCCAGAUAUUUGUGAUUUUAAGUUGGACAGUUUUGUCAAACCAAUAAAAAUAUCAGCUUUUCGCUGGACUGAAGAACAGUUAAAAGAAGGGUUAUCAAAUUGUGAGACUGAAACUCAUUAUGUCUGCUAUUCAACUCAUGCUUCUUAUGAAGAAGGAGUUCAUCUUAUAAGGUUCAUUAGGCCAAAAGAAAUUGAAGCUUGUGUAAAACAUGAUGAUCCUAAUUUCAAUAAAGAAAUGUUGAAGCUUAUUGAUGAUCUUUUGGAAGAAAUUAAUGAGAACCAAGUAGAUGAGAGGUUGACACCAAAGUUAUUUGAUGUUGAAGCAGUUGGGGGUAAGAAACCAAAGAGAAAAAAUACUUAUGAUAAGUCCUGUGAUUAUUUGAAUAUAAUGGAUUCACCACCUAGGCAAAUGAAUUUUGAUGAAAAUCUACAAGGUUUUGAUUCUGCUUGUCAGUUGGAAAGUAAAAAUUUUUCAAAAGGAAUAAAUAGUACUAACUACAAAACGGAAGAUAUUUCUAUUGUGAGUGAAAUUCUGUCUCCAGUAAGAAAUAUUGAGAUUACUAGCAACACUGAUGGAAAUGAAUUUUCAAUUGAAAAAAGUGAUGAACAUAGUGUGUUGUUAGAUUUUUUGGAAUCACCAUGUAGGAGUCAGAACCUGGAAAAUUUAGAGGCAGACAAACCAGAUUUCUUGAUUGAAGAUACAGAUGAAAGUUGUGAAAACAGCAUUUUGAUGAAUAUUAUUGAUUCAGGAUCAUCAGAUUUGGGAAUUUCAGAAAGAAAUGAAAACAUAUCUGAAGAAGCCAGUAUCAUUUUUAGUAUCAUUGGUGAUUAUCCACCCAAUAAGAGAAAGAAAUAAUGAUGAUUGAUAUAUUGGACUUUUAUAAACAUUUUAAAAUGGAGUUGCCAUAAUUUAUUUUCGGCGGCAACCUCUGUCUAAUUGUAAACUGUUAUCAAAUAUGAAAAUGUUGUAAAUUGAUAAUUUCAUAUAUUGAUUUUCGGUAUCUGUGAUAAUUUUUUAAUUGAAAGGAAAUAUUGUUGAAAUUUUAUAUUGUUUUAUAUUGGGACCAAAUAAAAAUAUAUUUAAU